AUGGAUGCAGCAAAUGGAAGAAUUUGGAUUGGUUGGAACCCAAAAUUUUGGGAUGUUAAAUUUGAUGCAUCUUGUGUCCAAGCUAUACAUUGUGAAGUGAUUCAUUUAAAUUCUAACAUUUGUUUUAACCUGGUUGCUGUGUAUGCAUUUAAAACCCAAGAACAAAGGAAGGGGUUGUGGAAAUUUAUUAAUGACAUAUGUAAUAAGACUUCUGGGAACUUGCUAAUUGGUGGUGAUUUCAAUAGUGUAUUGUUGGUUGAUGAUAGGUUGAAUGGUAAUCUGGUUACUCAACAGGAAAUUCAAGAUUUUGCAGAUUGUAUGCUCACUAAUAAUCUUUCAGAGGUAAGAACUAUAGGUGAUUAUUACACUUGGUGCAAUAACCAAGCAAGCAAUGACGGAAUCUAUUCUAAGAUAGAUAGGUUUCUUGCUAACACUAAUUGGUUACAUAGUUUCAGUAAUGUAGUGGGUGAAGUAUAUCCUAAAGGAGUAUCUGAUCACUGUCAUAUAAGCUUGGAUCUUGCUUAUCCUUCUUCCACUAGAAAUACCCCAUUCAGAUUUCUUAAUGUUUUGACUGAACAUCACAUGUUUCCAAGCUUGAUACAAGAAAAAUGGGGUCAUAAUCUACACUCUAAUCAGUUAAUAAAUAUAUGGUUCAAGUUGAAGGCUUUGAAGAAAGAGUUGAAAGAGUUAAAUACUAAGUACUUUCAAGGUAUUACCAAAAAAAUUGAAGAUGCGAGAAAUGCUCUGGCUACCGCUCAAAAACAACUUAACACUGAUCCUCUGAAUUCUGACUUCAUUGAAGUGGAAAAAGGUUGUAUGUCAUCUCUUGAAAUGUGGCGCACAAUUGAAGAAAAGAUAUGGCUUCAGAAAUCUAGAGCAAACUGGAUCCAACUUGGGGAUUCUAAUACAAAAUUCUUUCAUGCCUAUGUGAUGAGAUAA